AUACAUAAUGAAUGAGGACUGAUUGAAGGCUGGUUUGUGGUAUAAGUACGGGGAUGAAGAUUUGUUUUCUUAGUAAAUUGUUAGAGCCCUCAAUAUGAACGCUUUGGUGUGUCUUGCCGCUCUCCUUGCCCUCACCACCGCCAGUGCCAGCGUCAUCGGUGGCGUCGGCUUGGUUGGCCCCGCCGCCCCAGCAACCGCCGCAGUGGGACCCUCAGCAGAAGCCGCCAUCCGAGGCCCCGAUGGCAGCUCGAUUGCAGCCUCCGCCAGAGGAGGAGCCCUAGCGACAACCGGCACCGCAGGAGGCGCUGUUGCAGCUGCUGCCGCCCCCGCAGCCGUCGUCGCCGCCCCUGCAGUUGUAGCUGCCGCCCCUGCAGUUGCCAUCCCCUCAGGCGCCGUCAUCGCUGGCCCCUCAGGCACGAUAGCUACGAAUAACGGACUCGGAUUGGCCACGGCUUUGACGGGAACCGCAGCUAUCGCCGCACCAGCUGCAGCUAUUGCCACGCCCGGUGUCACAGCUAUCGCCACCGCCCCCGCCGCCGCGGCUAUUGCCACCGCGCCUGGAAUUCUAGCGGCUAAGACGCUAGGGCUUGGACUUCUAGGCCGCUAGGGGCGCUAUUUUAUCAUAUUUCAACCAGUAUACGCUUCUUCCUGAACUGUUCAGUUUUAUGUUAAUAUCUGUAUGUUCAUGAUUUACUUUGUAUAGUUAAUUAUAGGAUCCUGUAUUUUAAUAGACUUGUAAGUUUCCAAAUAUAUUUGGAAUAAAUGAUGCACAUUUUUA